CAUUUACAAGUGGCUGGAGCUGAACAACGCGUCAUCGCUCGCACUUAGAAAUCGCAGCCAGUUUACGCGUCGCUGCCUGUCGCGAAUGGCGAGAAUUCCUAAAUGUUUGUUGUAAAAUGUACAAAAUAUUGAAAUAGUUCUGUGUUUUCUCUGCGUGAAUUGAGUUGUUAAAUUUGCAAUUUCACUAGCCAGCUCCAAUAGGCGCUUUAUUCGUGCUUACUGAAGCGACUUGAAUUUGUUUUUUAUUUUUUAUGGCAAUAAAUAAAUACAUACAUAUCUGCCCAGCGGUGUAAAAAAGUGAAUAACUACAAGAAAUGCUAAAAAAAAUCGCAUUGAAAAUUGUGCUGUCGUCAUUUGCUAAGUAAAAAAGUGAAAAACCAUUGGAAAAAAUGUCAACUGUGCAUGCUGCAACAGUGCUCUUCUUCUUCGUCAGCGUGUUAAGUUUUGAAUUCGCCUCACCUUGGCUGAAUUUUAACAGUUAUGCAUCCAAGAAGCGUACCGAUCUGAAGAAACGAUGUCCGAAUGUACGUGGCAUCCGGAAUUUUGAUCUGGAAUCGAUGAUGGGAUUCUGGUAUGUGGUUCAGUAUUACGCAUCAACGGAAGAGCUGCCCGAAUAUGCCUGUAUGCAAAGCGAUUUUACGUUUUCCGCAGAGGAUCAGCAUAUUACAAUGAAUUUCAGUUACAUCUUUGCCGAAGAUCCAUUGCGUGAGAAAUUACAGGGCAACAUCACUUGGAUGAUACCGGAUUUUGAAACACCCGCACACUGGAUGCACACUGAAGAUAUUUAUGAGGGCAUCUACAACACUUACGUCAUCGAUACGGAUUACAAAUCGUGGAGUCUGAUCAUGCAUUGCGCUGAAAAGAAAAAGUCACCGCGUUAUUUAUCAGCGCUGUUGUUGUCGCGAGAAACGGAGUUAGGUGAAAAUGUUAUCAACUUUUUGAGAGAAAAGCUACCCCGCUAUGAUAUCGACUUAUCGUUCAUGUUUCCUAUCAAUCAAACCUGCAACAAUUUAAUGGAGUCAGUUGAUGAUGAUCCCUUAGCUUAUAUUGUAAAUGGACGAAAGAAUGCAAAAAAUUCAUUCAAAGUGAUUUUAAAGCCAUGAGAAAUGAGCAAAAUGUAAAAAAUAUAUUAUUAAGUUAAUAAACAAAUUAUUUAAAUUACUUUUCAAUACU